AUGCCUCUCCCUGCUCAUCUCGCUGUCCCUGGACGGCGGCGUCCUGCCACCUUUCGAGCCGAUGUCGCACUUCCCCCAUCAACGGACCCCGCCGAGGCCGAGGCCGAGAAGAAGGGCAUUGUGCCUAUCAAGGGCGCCGCCCAUGCGACCCAGUUCACGCCUACCCAGCAGAUUACUAUUAGCACUGGCAUUGGCUUCUUGGAUCACAUGCUGCAUGCGCUGGCCAAGCACGGCGGUUGGAGUUUGGCUGUGCGGGCCAAGGGUGAUUUUCGACGACCACCACACCGCCGAAGACACUUUCCUCGCCCUCGGCACGGCCUUCACAAAAGCCCUCGGCGCCCGCCAAUCCCUCGCCCGCUUCGGCCGCGGCGACGCCCCCUCGACGAAGCCCUCUCCUGGGCUGUCAUCGAUCUCUCCAGCCGUCCCUGGGCCGUGAUCAACCUCGGCUUCAAGCGCGAGAAGAUUGGCGAUUUGAGCACCGAGAUGAUCACCCACGGUCUGCAGAGCUUUGCGCAGGCGGCGGACGUCACGUUGCACGUUGGUUGCACUUAUGGUGAUAAUGAUCAUCACCGGGCGGAGAGUGCGUUCAAGGCGCUUGCUGUUGCUAUUCGGGCGGCGACUGCGCGCAGGGUUGAGGGGGAGGUUGGUGCGGGUGAUAUCGUCAGUACUAAGGGUGUUUUGUAG